AUGGUUCUCUCGACCUGGGGCGGCACUCACACAAACGCACGUGGAAAUGUCGUUAUGCCUACUACGAUCACAUCCGUCACCGUCAGUUCGCCGAGUCGGCCGAGCAACGAUAGAUUAGUAUCACGUUCAGCAGGCAGGAAAAAAAGUUGUCAACACCAACCGAGAGCCCGGUACGCGAAAGCUUGCAAUCUAGUCACCCAAGAACCGGAGCGCCAUUUGUGGCGCAAUUCACAUUUUGACGGUCACUGUUUUACACUUAUUCCCCCGACGCACAUCUUCCGUACAGGUACAACACACUCACUCACGCUGCUGCUGUUGUCGGCCCUUUUUCCAGCUGAUCCAGUGAUGAUGGUCGAGCCCAGAAUAUUUCAAGCCAGCGCCAAUUGGGUCAUUCUGGCCGAACGAGCUCCACCGAACCAGGAAAUAUUCGUGACCGAAACCUAUUUGAUGAGGGAAACCAUAUUUGAAGCGGAUCUUCUACCAGCUUCUAUUAUAAUACUGCGAUGGCGCAGAUCCACCCCCAGAAGACAUGGACGCCAGCAAACUAUCAAGUUCUGGAAGGAGUGUGACCCUAGAUAUGCCGAACCUUUGCGAGAUUGCCGCCCUCAAGAUUCUCCUUUCAUCCAUCCAGAUGGCCAUAAUAGUGUACCUCGGCACCAAUCCAGGUCAAGCAUUCCAUCACUCACCGCUGAAGAAGAGGAAGUUGGAGUUUCUAACGCACCGUUAUUCAGAUUGGUUUUAUGCGAGUAGAUGAAAACCAAAUAUACCUAAUGGAAUAAAAGUGCAGUGCCGAACAUUCCGAUUAAAAAUAUUUUUCUAAUGAAAUUGUUGGACAAAUUCUGGUUGAAUUCCGUGGGAAUUCUGGCAUGCAUCCGGUUGGCCUUAUGGUGGGAAUAAUGGAUUAACUUGAAAGCCCGGAAGCCCCUAAGAGCAGUUUUUUAUGAUAUUUCUAAAGAGGUUUUAUCUGGGAUUCUUCCAGGAGUUUUUUUCCGUUAUUCUCACAGGAACUCCUUCCACGAUUGCUUAUUUCAGAGAUUCCUUCUGGGAUUUCUCCAAAAAUUCCUUCUGGGAUGCCGCCAGAAGUUUUGGGAUUUCUCCAGAAAUUCUUUCCGAGAUUCCACCAGGAAAUUUUUCGGACCUCCAUGUGCUUGUUUCAUUUGAAUAAAACUAACCGUGAAACAUCGUUCCUUCGAAUGACUCUUCAGGAGUUUCUUCUGGUAUUUCUGCAGCAGCUCAAUUUUUAUUUCUUCAAGAGCUACAUCUAAGAUUUCUCCAGAAGUUCCUUCUGGAAUUCCUUCUUUUCAGAAUUCUCCCUUCUGGGAUUCCUCCAAAAUUUCCUUCUAAAUUCCUCUUUCUGGGGAUUUCUCCUCCAAAGAUUUCUGCAGAAGUUAAUGCUGAGAUUUUUCUGGAAUUCCUUCCAAGGUUCCCCAAGAAGGUUAUUCAUGGGUUCUUCCAGGGUUUCUUUCUAAGAUUAUACCAGGAGUUUCCUCGGAUAUCCCUCAAGGAAUUUCAACCGGAAUUUCUUCCGGGAUUCCCCCAGAAGUUCAUUCUGAGAUUCCUCAAGAACUUCCUUCCUGGUUUCCUUUAGGAGUUUCUACCAGGAUUCCUUCAGGUGUUUCUUCCGGGCACUUAGAUAUGCAUUCCGAGAUUCCUCCAGGAAUUUCUUCCGGGAUUAUUCCAGGAAUUCCAUUGAAAAUCUUUCCAGAUGUACCUUUAGGGAUUCCUCCAGGAUUCUUCCUUUUGAGAAUUCCUCCUUCUGAUUCAUUCCGGAGUACCUUCUAGGAUUCCUCCAAGAUUUUCUCCUGGGUUUAAUCAGGAACUCCUUCUGGGAUCCCUCCAGAAAUUCCUUUUAGGAUUCCUCCAAGAUCUCCUUUCGAUAUUCCUCUAGGAAUUUGUUGCAAGAUACCUCUAAGAGUUCCUUCUGAGAUUCCCCCAGAAUUUCUUCUUUAGAUUUCCAUUUUUUUUUUCUGGAAAUAAAUAAAUAAAUAAAUAAAAUUUCUCUAGAAGUUUCAUCAGGGAUUCCUUUACGAGUUUCCUCUGAGAUUCCUCCAGUUCCUUUCGGAAUGUCUUUGGAAUUUUUUUGAACUAUUGGAACUAUUGGAUGAAACUGAAAGGAACGAUUGGAGAAAAACUGAAGGAACUCCUGUAGCAAUUCGCUACAAAUCUGCUGGAGAUAUUGCUUAAAAAGUUGUUGGAGGAAUUUCUCUAGGAAGUGUUUAGGAAUUGUAUAUGGAACUCAUGAUUGAAUUCCAGAUGGAAUUCUUGGAAUUCUUUCAUAAGGAAUUCAAACAAAAAAAUCCUGGAUGAUUGCCAUGAGGAACAUCUGAGAGAAUUCCAGAGGAAUUCCAGAAUGAUCUGUAAGAAUUUCAUAUGGAACUGCUGUAGGAAUCCCGGAAGAAGUUCUAGGAGGAAUUACGGAAGGAGUUCAUAAAGAAAUCCCGGAAUGAGUAGGAUUACCGGAAGAAGUUCCCAGAAGAAGUUCUCGACUGAAUCCGGCAGAAGUUCUUGGAGGAACCCCGGAAAGAUUUUCUGGAUAAAUCCCAGAAAGAUUUUUUGGGAAAUCUCAGAUGGAACUCCUGCAAAAAUUUGGCAAAAAUCGUGAAUUGAAUUUCUGGAGGUGUCCUGAAGAAAUCCCGGAAGGAAUUACUGAAGCAAUCCUGUAAAGAACUUAUGAAAAAAUCCCGGAAGAUAUCACGGGUGAUAUUUCUGGAGGGAUCUCAGAUGCCACUCCAAGUGUAAUCUCAGAAGAAAAUCCUGAAAGAAAUUCUGGAGGAACGAAUGGGAGGAACCCGUGAAGUAACUCCUGGAGGAGUCCUAGAAGGAGUUCCUGUAGGAAUCCUCGAAGAAAUUAAUAAACAACCCCCUGGAAGAAGUUUGUGGAAGAAAGAUUUCCUGGAUGAAUCCCAUAAAAAAAACUCCUGGAGCGCUUGAAAUAGCAAUUCCUGGAGGAAUCAUUGGAGGAACCUCUGGACGAAACAAAGAAUUUAUUCUUAAAGAAAUCCCAGAAGAAACUGGGAAUAAUCCCGGAAGGAAUAUGUGCUGGAAUUUCGAAAUGAAUAUCUGAGUGGACCCUGGAAGGAACACCUGAAGAAAUCUCGGUUAAAAUUCCAGGAGGGAGGUCCGAAAAAUUUCCUGGUGGAAUCUCGGAAAGAAUUUCUGGAGAAAUCCCAAAACUUCUGGCGGCAUCCCAGAAGGAAUUUUUGGAGAAAUCCCAGAAGGAAUCUCUGAAAUAAGCAAUCGUGGAAGGAGUUCCUGUGAGAAUAACGGAAAAAACUCCUGGAAGAAUCCCAGAUAAAACCUCUUUAGAAAUAUCAUAAAAAACUGCUCUUAGGGGCUUCCGGGCUUUCAAGUUAAUCCAUUAUUCCCACCAUAAGGCCAACCGGAUGCAUGCCAGAAUUCCCACGGAAUUCAACCAGAAUUUGUCCAACAAUUUCAUUAGAAAAAUAUUUUUAAUCGGAAUGUUCGGCACUGCACUUUUAUUCCAUUAGGUAUAUUUGGUUUUCAUCUACUCGCAUAAAACCAAUCUGAAUAACGGUGCGUUAGAAACUCCAACUUCCUCUUCUUCAGCGGUGAGUGAUGGAAAGCUUGACCUGGAUUGGUGCCGAGGUACACUAUUAUGGCCAUCUGGAUGUGUUACAAACGCAAUAUAAUUAAAAUUAAUUUUUCAAGAUUUUUCAUUUAUGACGCAGACGGGUCUACCCGACGCAAUUAUCAGUCUAUCUAUCACCUCAACAUUGUAGGAUUAGUCAUUACAAGAGACUGUCGCCUCUGUAGAAGUAGACGAAAAGGACAGAGAAAAAAUAACAACUGAUAAAGAUAGGGCCCUAAUCUUGACCCUACUGCAACGGGCAAACGCAGGUACCGCACAUGAUAGAGAAAUGCAAAUAAUAUGAUAAUACGUCAUUCUUUUAGACAUAGGCCUAGUAUAUAAGGAUGUUUGAAAUAUAUGAAGAGAGGUCAGUUGAAA